AUGGCAGCUCAAAAGGCCGUUUUCACCGUCUCGGCUCAGGCCACUCAGCUAGGCAAUCGCAUCUCGGUGCACAUGCUGGACUACCUCAGCACCGAGCACGACUUGCCGAACGGCUUUCGCGAAUUGUCACAGACUUUCUUAGACACUUGCCGCGCUUUAUGGGCCAUUGAUGCUGGUCUCACCGAAUCCACUGCUGCCGGUCGCGCCCUGCCCGAUGUGAUCGUGGAGGAGGUGGCGAAAAAGUUCAUGGCCGCUUAUCGUGAUUUUCAGAGUCUGGACAAGGUCGUGACUAAACUCAUCCAGUAUGAACAUCGUGGCGCCCUUGGCAGGCUUCAACGCGGAUGGAAUCGCCCCAGCCUCGAACUGCACCGCAUUCGCGAGUCGUUGAAAAAGACAACCGAAACACUUCAAAUCAGCGUCCUCGCCUUUCACUGGUCCCUUGGGGAACAGCCGUUUAUGGCGGAAUCAGUGGGCAUCGGCUACGCCGGGUUGGCUGCCGCACUGGACCGCAUGGCCAAAGGCCGGUCGGUAAUGGGCAUCAAUAAGGCUAAAUCUCUGGAACAGGUAUCGAAGGAGGUGGCUACUUCGUUGUCAUCAGCGUCGGUCCCCUCUGUGCCCCCCAAAGAAUCCCCAGAACAACUCUCGGUUGGGAUAGAAAAUCCCCCGUCCAAUGCCGAUGACAUACUCUCCUCUGUGCUUUCUCUUGACUCCCUCCUUUUUGCGAACGACAAUGGUCAGGACGGUCUUUCUUUUCCCCCAGUCGACUCUCGUCCUCAGCCUCUGCGACCAAAUGGAAAUCCUGUGCGAACGAGCUCGCGCGAGCCGCAAGCGGAAUCUGCUAUACCUCUCGACCACAAUAUAUCUGGGGAUACCCUCACACAUCGCCAGCUAUAUGAGUCCUCAGCCCAACUCCUGCAUCGCACCCCUAGCCGAAAUAGUGGAGCUAGUGCGACGCGAUUGCGCGGUGCGUUAGCCUCCGCCGUCCGGGGACGGAACCACAAGUUGCUAGAGCAGUUGCUGGACAGUGGAGUUUCGCCCAAUCUUGGGGAGCAUAUCCAUCCGCUCAACGAGGCCGUGCACCAACACGAUUUCCAGGGCAUGCGCCUACUUCUGCAGUUUGGUGCGAACCCAAACGAACCAGACCGGCAGGGAGAGACGCCCUUAUUUGUCGCAGUGGAUGAGUCAUUCAUCGACGGGGCGAACUUAUUGCUAAAGUAUCGCGCCAACCCCAACUAUGCAUCAGAGCCGGGACGAGACUCUCCCUUGAGUCGCGCACUGGCGAAGGGCAAGCUCAAUAUGGUGCAGCAGCUGCUUGCGCAUGGGGGCAAUGCAGAUACUGAAACCCCAAGCGGUAGCACUGUGCUUAUCGAGCUUAUCAGACAACGGGCGCCACCGAAGCUAGUCACUAUGUUACUUGACGCCGGCAGCGACCCAAACAAGAAGGGCUGCCAAGGGAGAACAGCACUCAAUGAGGCGGUGCAGACCGAGCAGGUUGCCGUCUUGAUGAUACUGCUCGAACAUGGCGCCAAUCCGAAUCUCCCUGGACCCGAGCAUGUCCUAUGGCUAGCUAUCUCUCGGCCAGCAUGUUUGCGCCUUCUGUUAAACAGCGGGGCCGACAUCAAAAAGACCCCAGGUCUCAUGGAACAGGCGACCAGCAUGAACAACAUCGAAGCCGUUCGUACGCUGCUGGAGGUUGGGCUCGAUCCGAAUGCCAAGAAGGACGGUACCUAUACUCCCCUCUGCUCCGCCAUUCGCGACAAUCGGGCCGACAUCUUGACACUGCUGCUGGAACACGGCGCGAACGUGAAUGACCGUAACGCACAAGGUCAUACUGCACUAACCACCGCCAUCCGCGAGAACCGGUCGGAUAUGCUCAGCUACCUGCUCGCACAUGGCGCCAACCCAGCUCAACGCGGGCAGGAUUGGCCUGUAUGCAUGGCCGUGCGGUCUCCGGCUCUGCUUCAGAAACUGCUCCCGAUGGUCCCUGAUAUUUCUGCUCACAAGGGCGUCAUGGAGAUGGCCGUGCUUGCCAACCAGCUCGAGAGCAUUAAACUGCUGCUCGCCGCCGGUACCAAUGUCGAGUAUAAGAACGGUGGCGUCUUCUCCCCACUGACUACGGCUUUGCGAGAGCGACAUGACGAUAUUGUGAGGUUCCUGCUGGAGGAAGGAGGUGCCGAUCCAAACGCCCCCGGCGAGCAUCUUCCCCUUGUGAAAGCGAUCCGCCGGAUCAUCAAUGGUGAUCUUUCCAUGGUUGAGCUUCUGCUUGAGAAGGGUGCCGACCCCAAUAAAACUUACCGAAACUGGAAUGCCGUCAUGCAGGCGAUUGAGUAUCGGGAUCUGCCAUUAUUGCAUCUGCUCGUUAAGAAAGGAGGCGGAGCUGAUCUCACGCAGCACGAUGAGACAGGUCAGACUGUCCUGGAAAUGGUGAAUUCUGGGUGGCCUGAGGCCAUGCAGUUCCUUCUUGACAAUGCACGCCCCUAG